AAGAAAACAAGAAACAUGGAAGGUCACAAGUACAAUUAUCCAAGGGAAUUUUAUGACCAAUAUGCUCAAAGCCAAGAAAAAUCUGUGGUCAAUAAAAUGCAACAGAAAUACUGGAAAACAAAACAAACCCUUAUAAAAGUUACAGGAAAAAAGGAAGAUGAGCAUGUUGUGGCUUCAGAUGCAGAUCUGGAUGCAAAACUAGAGCUGUUCCAUUCUAUUCAGAGAACGUGUAUGGAGUUGCUGAAAGCAAUUGAACUGUAUCAAAAACGGAUUUGUUUUCUGUCUCAGGAAGAAAACGAAUUGGGGAAAUUUCUUCGAUCACAGGGUUCUCAGGAUAAAACGAGAGCAGGAAAAAUGAUGCAAGCCACAGGAAAGGCCCUCUGCUUUUCUUCUCAGCAAAGAUUAGCGCUGCGGGCUCCUUUGAGUCGAUUAUAUCAAGAAGUGGAGACGUUCCGGUACAGGGCCAUCUCGGACACGUGGCUGACAGUGAACCGAAUGGAACAGUAUCGGACUGAGUACAGAGGAGCUCUGCUCUGGAUGAAAGAUGUGUCUCAGGAGCUGGAUCCAGACCUUUAUAAGCAGAUGGAAAAGUUCAGGAAGGUUCAAGCUCAAGUGCGACACGCAAAACUCAACUUUGACAAACUGAAGACUGACGUCUGUCAAAAAGUGGAUCUUCUGGGAGCGAGCAGAUGCAACCUCCUUUCUCACGUGUUAACAACGUAUCAGACAACGCUUCUUCAUUUUUGGGAGAAAACUUCGCACACGAUGGCGGCCAUCCAUGAGAGUUUCAAAGGUUACCAGCCUUAUGAAUUCACUAUGUUAAAGAGCUUGCAAGAUCCUGUGAAUAAACUAACAGAAAAAGCAGAAAAGGAGGACCUGCAGACUGAGAGCACCAAAGCAGUACAGCAAGACCAGCAGAGUCAGUUGAUUUCAUUAGAUGAAGAGAGCCAUACCAAGGAUUCAAACUACUCAGCUGGCGAUGGCGAGGAUGUCCUGUCCGCGUUACAAGGACGUUGUAACCACAAGCAGAACUCAGGUGCCAUAGAUGACUUACUAGACCUGCAACCAGCAGAAAAUG